AUGGAGAGCCCAUUCCAAGAUAUUCUCAACACAAAUACUGUGCCAUCCGACGAGCAAUGCACCCACAUUCGCGUCUUCCUCGAACCUCGGUACCUCAAGCUUGCCGAGCUCAACGCUGAAAUAGACAAAAUCCGGGGCCUACUCUAUGCCGCUACUCAGGCGCGAAACGCGCUGGAGGAUUUCAUUGCAUCGCAUACGGCACUCAUUUCGCCCAUGCGAAGGAUUCCGGACGACGUGCUUCAACUCAUCUUUCUCGCAACCCUGCCAGAACAUCGCAACACGGCUUUGGACCCCAGCGAGGGACCGCUGCUGCUUGCCAGCGUCUGUCGUUAUUGGCGGGCACUUGCAUUGAGUACCCCACAGUUAUGGUCGAAGAUCCACCUCAUCGUACCCAAUGCUACUGAAAGCUCGGACGGCACAUUGGGAGGACUUUCGAGUGCUGCAGUGUCCGAAUUACAACGCUGGCUUGCUCGAGGAGGAGCUGUCCCCUUGGAUAUCCAGACCGAGCGAUCCAAUGAACGUGUCUACUUUGCGUAUCCAUACGACACUCCGCCACUUCCGGUUCACGUUUCAACCUCCCCAUACCUAGCCGCGCUCCUCUCCGUCGCCCAUCGAUGGCGGAAUAUUCGCUUAUUAAACGACCUCCCUGCUGCGGAUACACAGGCACUUGUUGAGCUUACUGUCAACGAUGUGCCGCAGCUGGAGCAUAUCGAAUUCACUGACGAUCCCAGUGGCAUAUUUGGAGAAAACGGCAGUCUACCUUUACUCGCGACACCCAGUCUUAGAUCACUCACAUUCCAUGGUAUCUCUGCAGGCAUCCCUCGCGCAUUUCGGAUUCAGUGGCAGAAUAUCGUGGAGCUACAUUUGGUCCUCGAUCGCCCAGUUCAUGAAGACACCCAAUCUUUCUCUCCUCUCGCCUUCCUUUCGCAGUGGACUGCGCUGGAACGGCUAUCUCUGGUCAUCGGCAGCGCACCGUUUGAUCCGCCAGAGGCAUUCGAAAACACUGUGCUUCCACGUCUGAACGCACUAAUUUUGUCGGCCACAUCCCGCUGGCAAGAUUUCGGCAGUCCUAACUCAGUUAUCUUCGCGAAUAUGCGCCUUCUACGUCUUCCCCUUCUUCACACACUCGACAUCACUACUGGUAUCGACGAUGACACGACGACAGCACUUCUAGGGGCCAUGGGACAUAUAAAACACCUCGCGAUGUCUGUUCAGGGCUGCACAUCUGAUGGAGUUGUGGCUCACCUGAGGAUGGUGCCACUGCUUGAGCGCCUGCGGCUCGGAGGAGAACCUGCGCUCGAUAACUCUAUUGACUACUCCUACGAGCAACGUCGCGACGGGGCUUUCCUAACCCAUCUCAUUGCGGAUCGGAAUUCGGGCGCUCUUUGCCCAUUUUUACAUCACCUCGAACUCACUUCUGUGAACGCACUGCCCGACGAGCUCCUCCUGCGUUUCGUCCAGUCGCGCACGCUCCCCCUCGUGGAAGCAUGCCCCGGUGUCGUGCAGCUGACUGCAUGCAUUGCUUAUUUUAACCGAGAACAGGUGCUCGACAUCCGCACCGAGCUCGCUGACGUCGUUUUGCGCCAACUUCGACUUGACUUGUCGUAUCUGAUUCCUGUGGGCCCGCCACAACAUCUCAAAUAUUCUCCGCUUCAAGGCACCGAGCGCGACACAGACGCCAUUUGGCGCGCCCCGCAACCCCCCGGCGGGCGGUUCAAGGCCUUCGCGCCGAGUAGAUACCAGCUUGAAAAUGUCUAA